AUGCCACCGAAGCGCGCACGAAAGCGGCGCGGCGCAGCCGACAGCGUCACGGCCACGUAUGCAUACGGCGAGGACGCGGCCGAUCCGCCUGCGACGGGCAAGCCCAAGCCCAAGACUCUCUGUGAGAUCUUCGCGCACCUGCAGGGCGACACCGGCCCCAAUGAGCUCCAGCUGUGGAAUAGUGCGAUGCGCCGUACCGUAAGCCGAGCCGAACGGGAAGGCAAGGAGGCGCACGACGCGCUAAUGACGCGGGGGCUGGACGGCCGCCUGGCCGACGGCUCCAUGCUCGUCAAGAGCAGCUUGGGCUACCCUGAGAGCAGCUCGCUCUCUUACCUGGAGCAUCCAUCUCUGAUCCAGAUGAUGCUUGGGCUGGCGGCUGCCAACGGCGAUCAUGUUACUGAGGAGGAGAUGCGUGAGCGGAUCUCGUCGCAGAUGCAGCGCGAGAGCGAAAGUAGCGCGGCACGCGCGCCCACAGCGUUGCCUUCGCGCCCCGAGGCCUCGACGCUGCUCUCGCGGUUCGACGCAGCCGCGACUGAGGACCCGCUGGCGGGGCAGAGUGAAGUGCCCGCGCUCGCACGCCUGCUCGGCGAGGCGCGAUGCGAGGUCUCGUCCGACUUCUUGCACGGCGACGUCCGCUGCCUCGCCGCCGCCGGACCUGCCCUCGUUCUGGCUGGCGCAACCGGGUACAAGCAUCGCGAGCCGUGGGCUAAGCGGUUCGCGCCCAAGGCGAUCGAGCCGCGUUCUCUCGCCGAGUGCGCGGCGGCGGCCCUUGUCGGGGCGGCCGAGCCUGCAUCCCUCGAAGCGUGCGCCUCCGCCCUGAGCGGGAGCGCGUCCGGGAGCGUGCUCGAGCAAAUGACGCAAUACUUUGAGGUGGAGGAGUCGUACACAGCGUCCGACCCGGCGGCCGUGAAGACGCUCUUCUCGUCGUCGGUGCGCUCUGCGGCCGUUGACCCGCACUCAGGCCUGACGUGGCUUGGCGAGGCGUGCGGCCGCCGGUUCAAGGCCUUCGAUGCGGAGGGCCGGUGCUGCUACACCUUGGACAGCCCCUCGACCGACGCGCUGGCGGUCGCCGCCCACCAUGGCGCGAGGGUGCUCGUCGCGCCGGGCGGGGCCGGCAAGCUCGCCUUUUGGAACACGGCAAGCCUGGACGCGCGCACUGGCGGCGUGCGGCAGUACCGUGGCGAGGGGCCAUGGAGAGAGCGCGUCCUCACUCUUCAGGUGCUCGAGGGAUCGGAGGAGGCCGACGUCUUGAGCUUCUCCGACGCGGAGGGCGUGUGCUGGCUCGAGGAGGUGGAGGGGAAGGUGGACGUGACCAGAGGCGAGGCGCCCCACGCCACGAGGACCGUUGAGGCCGGCGAGCACGCCAACUCCUUCUCGGCGAUCUGCGACGUGGGUGACGGCAAGCUCGCCCUGGCGGCCAACGGGCGAAGCCGGGGCGACGGCACCCUCAACGCAGAGGUCAUCGCGGUCUUCGACGUGGCCGCCGGCCGGACCAGCCGCCUCUUCGGUCACGUCCCCGCCCCGGGCGGGUACAUACGGCAGGUAAACGCCCUCUCCUCCGCCCCGGAGCUGGCCGGAACCCUUGCCUCUGGCUGCUCCGACGGCACCGUGAAGAUCUGGGACGUGCGCGCCCGGCGGCCAACGCACACCUUGCUCGGGCUCGAGGACAGCCGGACGGAGGGGAUUGCGGCGGUCGCACUCGUGGCGGGCGGGGGCGGCGGCUGGCCCUUUGUCUUCUCCUCCUCCCCCGACGCGGCAAUCAAGCUGUGGGAUCUCCGCGCCUCCGGACGGUGCCUCUAUGAGCUCGCCACGGGCAACGCGCGUGUCGACUCUCUCGUCUGGCACUCCGAGUCGCGCACCCUGCUCGCCGUGGCCGAACGUGGCGAGGCGCCGCGCAGUGGCGGCUGGGGCGGCGACAGCGACGAGGAGCCUGAGGACGAGGACUGGGACGCCUGGCCUACGGACGCGCGCCAUCGGGAGGACGACUUCGGCGUGCGGUGGGACCUGCCGCACUCUGGUAGCAGUGUCGUGCUGCAGUACCGCUUCAAGGGGUCUCCUGCGCAGCCGUCGCGGACAAUGAAGAGCUACUUCUCCAAGGGCAACGAGUCGGUCGCAAAGUGGAGGAGUAUUGGCGAGGCAUAUGCUUGGUGA